AUGAAUCUUUUUGGCUUUUUUUAUUUGACUUUUUACACAGUUGAAAUAAAUAAUAAUUUAACACAGUUGCAACAAUACAAUAAUAUCUACAACUAUACUAAUAAUUUUUUUACUUUAAAUUCGUGA